UAAAACACAACCGCCAGUUUCGCUCAGCUCGCUGCGCCACCUGCCGUUCACAUGCUUAAAGUACAGAAACAAAGCUAACCGCUGUCUAAAGUAAAGCUGAAGGUCGAGUUAAAACGGAUUUACUACAAAACACAUCAGCGAAAGCGAGCAGUCCUCUUUAUCUACAUCAGCGCUUGGGAAACGUCUGGAAGCGGCCGUUGAAAGGCGGAAAAACUACAGUUCCCAUGAUGCAUUGCGCCACGGUGACAUGUAACACGCGCCGCUGUCGUUUAUUUUGCUGCUGUCCUGCCUCCGGACUGACUUUAUCUCGACAUUAAAGCCUCACAGACCGCUAAAAGCGCAGUUAACGGCGCCGACAUAUUUGAUCUAACGUUUGGACGAUGCUGCUCUCCUCGGUGCCGAAGCGGUUGCUGCUGACGCGGCGCUCGCGCAGUCUGUCUCCGUGUCGUGCGCUGCGUACGAGCCCCGGCGAGGCCUCAAGGUGCUACACACGGGAGCUGGAAAUGACCCGGAGCCCCACGACCGCCACCAUCACUGUCACUCCUCAAGUACAGUACCACCAGCUGGCCAACAGGUGGCGCGUUAGCCUGGAGAACCGGAGGAGCUCAUGGGCAGCAUUGGCCUCGGUGGGGCGCACCAAUAAGUACUGGGAGGAGGAGGAGGGAGGGGGCAGCAGGGCGAGAGGGAGGGCAGCAGCUACAGCGGGGGCGCUGUCCGCUGCAGCCGUGGCCUUAUGCCUAAAGAAGGAUGAUGACUCUAAAGGUGAAGCUCUUCUGAAUGCCGCCAGAUCCAACAACACCCAGGAGGUGCAAAGGUUGUUGGCAGCUGGAAUGGAUCCAAACUCUCGUCAUCGUCUGGGCUGGACGGCUCUUAUGGUCGCUUCCAUGAACAGACACCACAAUGUCGUAAAGGUCCUGUUGGAGUCUGGUGCUGAUCCAAACCUUGGAGAUGAGUUCAGCAGUGUUUAUGGAACUGCACGAGACAAAGGCAUACACUCUCUGGAGGUGUUGGUCAGCAGAGAGGAUGAGUUCAGCAGUCGGCUCAGCAGUCGUGCGAGUUUCCGUGGCUGCACUCCGCUGCAUUACGCAGUUCUGGCUGAUGACCUCCGCACCGUCCGCAUGCUGCUGGAAGCAGGUGCCAACCCCUUGCAGACGAACGAGCUGGGACACACUCCGCUGGCCUACGCCAAAGAAGGAGAGAUGCACACAGUGCUGAAGGAGUGGGAGAGCAAGUUUGCGGAGGAGCAGCAGAAGAGGGAGGCGGAGGAGAGGAGGAGGUUUCCUCUGGAGCGCCGGCUGAAGGAGCACAUCAUCGGCCAGGAGGGGGCCAUCAACACGGUAGCAUCAGCCAUCAGGAGGAAAGAGAACGGAUGGUAUGAUGAAGAGCAUCCCCUCGUCUUCCUCUUCCUCGGCUCUUCCGGAAUCGGUAAAACCGAGCUGGCCAAGCAGGUGGCCAGGUACAUGCACAAAGACAUCAAGAAGGGUUUCAUAAGAAUGGACAUGUCUGAAUUUCAGGAGAAACAUGAGGUGGCUAAGUUCAUUGGCUCCCCUCCAGGUUAUGUUGGUCAUGAGGAGGGUGGUCAGCUCACUAAGCAGCUGAAGCAGUGUCCGAACGCUGUGGUUCUGUUUGACGAGGUGGAUAAAGCCCACCCGGACGUCCUCACCAUCAUGCUGCAGCUGUUUGAUGAGGGUCGUCUGACGGACGGUAAGGGGAAAACCAUUGAGUGUAAGGACGCCAUCUUCAUUAUGACCUCCAACGUGGCCAGUGACGAUAUUGCCCAUCAUGCACUGCAGCUGAGACGGGAAGCCGAAGAGCAGAGCCGACGCCGGCUGGCAGAAAAUCUGGAUGACGUUCAGCAGAGUGAGAAAAUCACCAUCUCCAAACAGUUUAAAGAAGAAGUGAUUCGGCCCAUUCUGAAGGCCCAUUUCAGGCGGGACGAGUUUCUGGGACGGAUAAAUGAGAUUGUUUACUUCCUGCCUUUUUGCCAUUCUGAGCUCAUUCAGCUGGUCAGCAAAGAGCUCAGCUACUGGGCCAAAAAGGCGAAGCAGAGGCACAACAUCACCCUGCUGUGGGAGAGGCCGGUGCUGGAGCUUCUGGCUCGAGGCUACAACGUCCACUACGGAGCGCGCUCCAUCAAACAUGAGGUGGAGCGUCGAGUGGUGAACCAGUUAGCGGCCGCCUACGAACAGGAGCUCCUCCCUAAAGGCUGCACCCUCCGCCUGACUGUAGAUGGAGAGACGGAAGAGGAGAAGGAGGGAGGCGCAGCCCCUUCCCUCCGCUUGGAGCUGGUGGGCGAAGACAGCAAGUCCCGAAAACUGGACAUCCGUCCGCCACUCAACCCAGAGGAAGUGGCCUUCGCCCACUGAAUACCCGUUAAGGGUGACCUGGUUUGUGGUGGGGCUGACGGUUUGAUGGGACUGGUCAUGGGGUGUGGUGGGCUACUAGGACGAUACUUGUGAAAGAUGUGAAAAUCAUUUACCACAUCAACGUGUCAAUAAAGGGCGCUUUAUCAUGGCCACACAGAUUUGUUGGAAAUGUGAGGUAAUUAAAGCAUUCUAUUUAUAAUAUUAAUACACUAACGUCCUACCAAAUUUGAGAGAAUGAAAAAAAUAUUGAGAAUGAAAAACAAUGGAGAAAGUUAUAGAAAGUUAGUUAAGAUUCAUUUAGCUAUACGUAUCACUACUUCAGUUUUAGCUAGUUAUAGUUGGUUACAGUUUUACCUAGCUAUAGCUGUAGUUAUAGCUACACUAUAUGGCCAAAAUUAUGUGGACAUCCGACCAUCACACCUAUAUGACUUUGUUGGACAUCCCAUUCCAAAACCAUGGGCAUUAAUAUGGAGUUGCUAUUUUGCAGCUAUAACAGCCUCCACUCUUCUGGGAAGGCUUUCCACAAGAUUUUGGAGUGUAUCUGUGGGAAUUUGUGUCCAUUCGGUCAAAAGAGUGAUUUGUGAGGUCAUUUGUGAGCUUAGCUUGAUGUUGGACGAAAAGGCCUGGCUCACAAUGAACAUUCCAGUUCAUCUCGAAAGUGUUCAGUGGGGUUGAGGUCAGGGCUCUGUGCAGGCCACUGGGGUUCCUCCAUACCAAACUCAUCAAAUGAUAUCUUUAUGGAGCUGCUUUGUGCAAUGGAUCACAGUCAUGCUGGAACAGGAAAGGCUCUUCCUCAAACUGUUGCCACAAAGUUGGAAGCCCAUAAAUGUCUAAAAUGUCUUUGUGUGCUGUAGCAUUAACAUCACCCUUCACUGGAACUGAGACCCUGAAAAACAGCCCAGCUCAUCAUCCCUCCUCCACCAAACUUUACUGUGGGUACUGUGCAUUCCUGUAGGCAGUGUUCUGACAUCCACCAAACCCAGAUUUGUUCAUCAGGCUACCAGACAGUGAAGUCUGAUUCAUCAUUUCAGAGUUUCCACUGCUCCAGUGUCCAGUGGUGGUGUGCUUUACACCAUUCCAGCCAAUGCUGGCAUUACGCAUAGUGCUUGUAGGUUUGUGUGCAGCUGUUUAGCCAUGGAAACACAUGUCAUGAAGCCACUGAUGCACAGUUCUCUAUAGUGCAUGAUGCAAGUCCCCCUCUGUGAGUUUACGUGGUCUACUGCUUCGUAUUCCAGUUCACAGUAAUAGCACUUACAGUUGUCUGGGGCAGAUCUAGCAGGGCAGAACUUUUUCAAACGACUUGUGGCAGAGGCUUCCUGUUAUAGUGCCAUGUUUAAAGUCACUGAGCUCCUCAGUAUGACCCAUCCUAUUUCCAGUGUUUGUCUAUGGCGAUUGCAGGGCUAUUUGAUUGAUUUUAUACAACAAUAGGCGUGGCUGAAACAACUGAACUCAAUUAGUAAUGAUGUCCACCUACUUUGGGCCGGAUAGUGUAGCAGUUUUAGCUCGUCAUAGCUGACAGUCUGAGGCAAAUGAAGGAAAAUUAUUGCUUUUCAGUUCUUUUAUGACGGGGUUGGUCUCUAAUGAAGUAAACGAUGUUGUGUACGUGUAGCUGUAUCACUUCACGUCUGUUACAUUAUCAAUAGACCAAGUUUUAAGUUUAAAUAUUGAGUACAUUUUGUGUAAAGGUUGAGCUUCACUGUGAAAUAUAACAUAUUAGAAAUAUGUACAUAAGAAUGUCACUUCGUAUCACUCCUCAGGUAGGUCACAUUAAUAUCUGUGAAAAAAAAAAACAAUAAAUAAGAGACCAAAUAUCUUCCGUCACCCAGGAUUAGUUUCAUUGAUCACCAGCUUUGAGUAGUAAAGAUUUGAAAGUAGUGUUUGUGAAACUGUGCUGAGCAUGUUGUGUGGAAUAUUAAAGUUUCAGUAAUAAAGUGAAGCACUGAAACAAGCCAUCGAAAAGAGUGAGCGAAGGCCUGUGAGGUCAGCUACCAUAGAAACGCUGACAUAGUGCUUUGCCAUAUGUAUAGAGAUGUAAAGUGAUUCUGCAUGUAUAUAGAGAAAGAUUAUAGAUGUAUUUAUUGAAGGUUACAUAUAAGAAAUUAGUGUUUACUCACCAAUGUUGUGAUCGUUGGCUUGGAGAGGUUUUUUUUUUAAAGGCAAAGUUAUUCUCACCAUUGACAUUCUGCCAUCGUGUGAAAUAUUCUUUGCUAUUAGAAAGAACUUUAUUAAUCUUUUUUAAGGUGUGCAGGAUUAAAGCCUAAUACAUUGUUUACAGCUACAGGUAAUUGUAGAUCGGCCAAUUCCCAUGUGUUUUAAAGGGCCUGUAUCAUGGAAAACCACUAUUUUGAAAUGAGAUUGAUGGACACUAUAUAAACCAUUUAAAACAUACCGUUCACACUGAAGUCCAUACAGUCCAUAUAUUUAGACUAAGCUGCAAAAACAGCCUGUUUUGAAUUCACCUUUUCACAAAAAUGAAUAUUUACAUAUAUCUGCCUAUUCAGCAGUUCACGUACAGCAAUUUAGUCCCGCCCACUCACUCUGAAGCUAUAAGGAGCGUUUAAGGUGGAUGGCUUUUUUUUAUUAGGCACAGCACAAGGCAGCCAAUCACAACAGAGCUCAUUUACAUUUAUCAGUCUUGAAGGUAACAAAAACUCUUUACUUUUGUGGGACAAGGUUGAUGUUGGAGAUUUUGGUGCAUAAAUCUACACAAUGUUAUUUGGACAUCAGGGGAAAAAUAAAAUACAGGAAACGUAGAAAAUGGAGCCUUUAAUAAAUGAGUACAGUGUGAAACAAA